GGAGCCGCCGCCGCCCGCCCGCCGCCGCUCUUCCACGGACUCUCUCCCAGGCUGCGGGCGCUGGACGGAAGGCGGCGGGGAGGUAAUGUAAGUCACACAUGCCUAACUACUUUGACCUGAUGGAGUGAGGUAAAAAUUAAGAGGUCUGGAUUGUCAGUGGUUUGAAGGGAGAAAAACCAACCAGGCUUCAUUAGCUGUUGGAUGGCUAUAACCUGUGUAAUGGAAGAUGAUUGAAGACAAGGGUCCUCGUGUUGCUGACUACUUUGUGGUAGCAGGAUUGACUGAUGUUUCCAAGCCUCUGGAAGAAGAAAUUCACUUCAAUGAUGCCUGCCAUAAAGUAGCCAAACCCAAAGAACCUAUCACGGAUGUUUCAGUUAUCAUUAAAUCCCUUGGGGAAGAAGUGCCACGGGAUUAUGUCUGCAUUGAUGCUACUCCGACGGGGUUGUCAGCCGAUCUCAAUAAUGGAAGUCUAGUGGGGCCUCAGAUCUACCUUUGCUACAGAAGAGGACGAGAUAAGCCCCCACUUACAGAUCUUGGGGUGUUGUAUGACUGGAAAGAGAGGUUGAAGCAGGGCUGUGAGAUUAUUGAAAGUACUCCCUACGGGCGCCCUGCGAAUAUUAGCGGCAGCACCUCUUCACAGAGGAUCUAUGUCACCUACCGAAGAGCCUCUGAGAGCAUGACUCAGAAUACUCUGGCUGUCACAGACAUAUGCAUUAUCAUUCCCAGCAAAGGAGAGAGCCCGCCACACACGUUCUGCAAAGUUGACAAGAACCUCAACAAUAGCAUGUGGGGAUCUGCAGUGUACUUAUGCUAUAAAAAGUCGGUGGCAAAGACUAACACUAUAUCUUACAAAGCUGGUCUAAUUUGUAGGUAUCCUCAAGAAGACUAUGACUCUUUCUCACUGCCAGAAUCUGUUCCCCUGUUUUGUUUACCAAUGGGUGCAACUAUUGAAUGUUGGCCACCAAAUAGCAAAUACCCUCUUCCUGUAUUUUCUACAUUUGUGUUAACUGGAGCCUCAGCUGAGAAGGUCUAUGGUGCUGCUAUUCAGUUUUAUGAACCAUACUCGGAGGAGACUCUCACAGAGAAACAGAGACUUCUUCUGGGUUUAGCAUCAUCGGCAGAUGGGAAGCCUGAUAAUUCCAGAACAAUUCACACUAACAAAUGCAUCUGUCUUCUUUCUCACUGGCCUUUUUUUGAUGCAUUCCGGAAGUUCCUGACUUUUCUGUACCGCUAUUCCAUCUCUGGACCUCAUGUCCUUCCAAUUGAGAAGCAUAUAUCUCAUUUUAUGCAUAAAGUUCCUUUUCCAUCUCCUCAGAGACCACGGAUUUUAGUUCAGCUAUCACCACACGACAGUUUGAUUCUCAGUCAGCCUGUUUCUUCACCCCUUCCACUAAGUGGUGGCAAGUUUUCGACACUACUGCAGAACCUCGGCCCUGAAAAUGCUGUGACACUCCUGGUGUUUGCGGUGACGGAGCACAAAAUCCUCAUCCAUUCCUUGCGGCCCUCCGUGCUUACAAGUGUGACAGAAGCAUUAGUGUCUAUGAUUUUCCCUUUCCACUGGCCAUGCCCGUAUGUUCCUCUCUGCCCACUGGCUUUAGCAGAUGUCUUGAGUGCACCAUGCCCAUUCAUCGUAGGGAUCGAUUCCAGAUACUUUGACCUCUAUGAUCCUCCACCGGAUGUCAGUUGUGUUGACCUUGACACCAACACCAUUUCUCAAACUGGUGACAAGAAGAAUGUGGCCUGGAAAAUUCUUCCAAAGAAGCCAUGUAAAAAUCUGAUGAACACACUGAGUAAUUUGCACCAGCAGUUGGCAAAAUUGCAGCAGAGACCAAGAGAUGAUGGACUAAUGGACUUGGCAAUGAAUGAUUAUGAUUUCAACUCUGGAAAAAGGUUGCACAUGAUAGAUUUGGAAAUCCAAGAGGCAUUUUUGUUUUUCAUGGCCUCUAUUUUAAAGGGUUAUAGAUCAUACUUAAGGCCAAUAACACAAGCCCCAUCUGAGACAGCCACAGAUGCAACCUCUCUUUUUGCCCUGCAAGCUUUCCUAAGAAGCCGGGAUCGAUCACAUCAAAAAUUCUAUAACAUGAUGACCAAGACACAAAUGUUUAUUCGCUUCAUUGAGGAGUGCUCUUUUGUCAGUGACAAAGACGCGAGCCUGGCAUUUUUUGAUGAUUGCGUAGAUAAAGUGGAUAUGGACAAGAGCGGUGAAGUGCGACUUAUAGAACUGGAUGAAUCUUUUAAAAGUGAACACACUGUUUUUGUAACACCACCUGAGAUCCCCCACCUGCCCAAUGGUGAAGAACCCCCUUUACAGUACAGCUACAAUGGAUUUCCAGUUCUUAGAAACAAUUUAUUUGAGAGGCCUGAAGGAUUUCUGCAGACACAAACAAACAAAUUACCUUCUAAGUCUAGUAGUCCCAGUAGCCCUUCUCCUAUGUUCAGAAGAACAAAACAGGAAAUUAAAUCAGCUCACAAAAUCGCCAAAAGGUACUCUUCCAUCCCUCAGAUGUGGUCUAGGUGCCUACUGCGUCACUGUUACGGGUUGUGGUUUAUUUGUCUCCCAGCUUAUGUGAAAGUAUGUCAUUCCAAAGUCAGAGCUCUGAAAACGGCGUACGAUGUGCUUAAAAAAAUGCAGUCGAAGAAGAUGGAUCCGCCUGAUGAGGUGUGCUACCGCAUCCUCAUGCAGCUCUGCGGGCAGUACGACCAGCCUGUGCUUGCGGUUCGCGUGCUCUUUGAGAUGCAGAAAGCCGGGAUUGACCCCAAUGCAAUCACUUACGGAUACUACAAUAAGGCUGUUUUGGAAAGUACCUGGCCUUCAAGAAGUCGUAGUGGCUAUUUUCUUUGGACAAAAGUAAGAAAUGUUGUUUUAGGAGUAGCACAAUUCAAAAGAGCUCUAAAGAAACAAGCACGCUUAUCACAGACAACUCUCUCAGGUGGCCAUUCUGAUCUUGGAUAUAAUUCAUUAUCUAAAGAUGAAGUUAGAAGAAGGGAUACUUCUACUGAGGAUGUUCAAGAAGACAAAGAUAAAAAAGGGAGUGAUUCUAGUUCCUUGUCAGAGAAUGAGAGUGCAAAAGGAAGUGCUGAUUGCCUUCCUACUCUGAGCUACCGAACUUCUUCCAGCAUAGUUCGCCUUGGGAAUGCAGGUGGCAGCAGUGCUAAUAAACUACUGGGCGGAAGUACGGAAAGCACACCUGAGCUGCUCCUAAUGUCGUCUCUUGAGGACAGAAAUGAAACAGUGAACAUGCAAAGUAGAUGCUUCAGGAAAAGACAUAAAAGCGACAAUGAAUCUAAUUUGCAGCAGCAAAUGGCCUGGAGUAAUAGGAACCGCAAUCUUAGUGGAGGGGUGCUGAUGGGAUUUAUGCUGAAUAGACUCAACCAAGAAACAAACCCUGGAGAUAUAGUUGAAAAAUUGGGAGCUGAUGCAAAAAUCCUUUCAAAGGUUAUCUCAAAAAGCACAAGACCAAAUAGCCUUAAUAUAGGAGAGCCGCCCGCAAGAUCAAAAAGAGACAGCCUGGAAAAGGAAUCUAGUGACGACGAUACACCUUUUGAUGGUUCUGACUGCUUGGCAGAUAAGGUGGACUCUCCUGUCAUUUUUGACUUGGAAGAUUUAGACAGUGAGACAGAAGGCUCGAAAGCAGGCUGUGUCGGUGCACAGAACCCCAAGCGGAUUCAGCGCACAAACAGCAGCUUCUCAGUGAAGCCAUCUGAGAAGACCGAUGUUGUGACAGGAUUUGAUCCCCUUUCCCUUUUGGUUGCUGAGACAGAACAGCAGCAGAAAGAGGAAGAAGAGGAAGAGGAUGAUGAUAACAAAAGCAUUCCAACCCCAUCUGCUCGGCGUGACUUAGCUGAAGAAAUUGAGAUGUACAUGAAUAACAUGAGCAGUCCUCUGACAAGCCGUACACCAAGCGUCGAUUUACAACGAACGUGCGACGAUAAGCUGACCCACAAGAAAAGUCCGACCCUCGUCAAGGCCUGCAGAAGGUCAAGCCUGCCUCCUAAUUCUCCUAGGCCAGUGAGACUUACAAAAUCGAAAAGUUACACCAAAAGUGAAGAGAGACCAAGGGACAGACUGUGGUCUUCUCCCGCCUUCUCACCUACUUGUCCCUUUAGGGAAGGCUCUCAAGACCCAUUAACCCAUUCCUCACCUUCAUUUAACUUAGAUACUCUGCUAGUGCCUAAACUAGACGUUCUAAGGCAUAGUGUAUUCACUGCUGGAAAAGGGGUUGCUGAGAAAGCAAGCAAAUGGUACUCAAGGUUCACCAUGUACACAUCAUCAAAGGAUCAAAGUUCUGAUCGUGCCAGUCUUUCUUCAAUGGGAGCCCAAGACUCUGAAUCUACCUCUCUGACAGAUGAAGAUGUCUGCCACGACUUAGAAGGAGCCGCUUCCUCCCAAGAGAGCAGUGCCACUUCGGGGACCAAGGGAAUCGACUGCAGCCGGGCAAGCCUGGGGAGUUCUGCCUCCUUAGAAGGAUCCUUGUCGAGGUUCGCCUUACCUGGGAGAUCAGAAGUGGCCUCCUCUUCUCUCAGCACCAGUAAUGCAAACAUCUUCCAGAACUAUGCAAUGGAGGUUCUCAUCUCCAGUUGUUCCAGGUGUAGAACUUGUGAUUGUCUUGUCCAUGAUGAGGAAAUCAUGGCUGGCUGGACCGCAGACGACUCGAAUCUCAAUACCACAUGCCCGUUUUGUGGCAACCUUUUCUUACCCUUCCUGAAUAUUGAAAUAAGAGAUCUAAGACGACCUGGAAGGUAUUUCUUGAAGUCCAGCUCAUCUACAGAAACUGUGCACUUUGCAUCCUCCUUUUCAACUCAGACGAGGCAGUCUUGCAUUUCAACAUCAGCUUCUGGGCUUGACACAUCUGCCAUCUCUGUUCAAGGGAAUUUUGAUCUCAAUAACAAAUCGAAACUGCAGGAAAAUCCCUGUGCCCGGAGUAUUCAGAUUCCUGGUAACAGAUCAAAAGGAGUUGUGUCAAAAUGCCCACUCUUCCCGAUGGCUCGGAGCAUUAGUGCCUACGGCCCCCUGGAUAAGGAGGAUGCUGGAGGACAGAGACUCAUUCCUACGGGCAGCCUGCCAGCCACCUUACAAGGAGCUACCGGCUCUUUAGGGCUAGAAUGGCACCUCCCAAGUCCAGACCCUGUCACUGUUCCAUACCUUAGUCCGUUAGUGGUGUGGAAGGAACUCGAGAGCCUACUGGAAAAUGAAGGUGACCACGCGAUAACAGUAGCCGACUUUGUGGACCAUCAUCCAAUUGUCUUUUGGAACUUGGUGUGGUAUUUUAGACGUCUUGACUUGCCCAGUAACCUUCCUGGAUUGAUUCUUUCUUCGGAGCAUUGUAACAAAUAUUCAAAGAUUCCCCGCCACUGUAUGUCUGAAGAUAGUAAAUAUGUUUUAAUACAGAUGUUAUGGGACAAUAUGAAGUUACAUCAGGACCCAGGGCAGCCCUUGUACAUCCUAUGGAAUGCCCACAGUCAAAAUCGUACUCUUUUAUUUGAGACCCAAAAAUAUCCAAUGGUCCAUUUAUUACAAAAAAGUGACAAUUCAUUUAACCAGGAACUACUGAAAAGUAUGGUAAAAAGCAUCAAAAUGAAUGAUGUCUAUGGACCGAUGAGUCAGAUUCUAGAGACACUGAGUAAGUGUCCACAUUUUAAGAGACAGAGGAGUUUAUACAGAGAAAUACUAUUCCUCUCACUCGUGGCGCUGGGAAGAGAAAACAUUGAUAUAGAUGCAUUUGACAAAGAGUACAAGAUGGCAUAUGAUCGUCUCACACCCAGCCAAGUCAAGAGCACACACAACUGUGAUAGACCACCAAGCACCGGGGUGAUGGAGUGCCGCAAAACCUUUGGGGAGCCUUACCUUUAAGAUGUGUGUAUGUGUAUACAUUUGAUAUAUAUUGUAUAGUCAUUGUAAAAAGGAACACUUUUAGACUCUGAGCCUUUUGCUUUUUGAGAAUGCAUUUGUAAAUGGUUGGAAAGUUGAGAUUGUUAAUGUACAGAAUGCUUUCAAGAGAGAACAGUGACACAUAGGGAGAGAGCCACUUUACUUCCCAUGUCUUUCUCUUUAUUUAACUCCUUUGUAAUAAGUAAGUAAAUACACUUGUGAUCAGGAAGUUGCUGAACAAAGUCGGUUGCUGUAGAACCAGACACCUGUUUGAUGGUUUCUUGUGUACAAGUGGGAAAACCCCGUGUGGAACCUAAACAGAUGCACAGUCGAGGCCUCUCCUGUUUUCAUGGACUGUUCAAAUGUUUUGACCAUGGAGUUGUAUUAUACAUAUUUUAAAUUGUUUAUAGUAAGUUGAUAUUUUUUUAAUUUUUAAAUUUAAUAUAGCAAACUUAAAAUGAAUUUAAACUUAUGAAGCAAGCGUUUAUUUUCUUUGCUGCUAUUUGAAGUACUUAGUGCAGCUGCAGGUAUCUGUAAGUAUGUCUACUAUAUAUAUUUUUAUUUCCUGAGAGAAUGAAUUUUAACAUGUCAGUGUCCUCCUAGGAUUGCAUGCUGGCACACCUAUGCCCCCAGCCAGCUGGUGAGAGAACGAGGACAGAAGGGCAGGGCACUGCCAGGCGCACUCACUGAGCCUUGCGCAAGCAGGCCAGGCAGGGUGCCGAUGCCAUGCUCUGCAUCUCCUCCACCAGGAGUAUGUGUAUUCAAUCCGUAGGGAAGAUAGCUCACGGCCAAUUAAAAUUUCAAUAUUCCAAAAUGAGUACUACAUAGCAUAUGUGAUUGAUAAUUGACUCUGUUCCAAACUUUACCCAAAAUAUUGGGCAUGAUACAAACUGUACUAUAAAAUAUUUAUCUGAUAUAUGAUUUAACGAGGUAUUCUGUUAAUACUAUAUAUAGAUAGUCAAAGUAUUUUUUGAAAGUUGAAAAAUAUUAACCCUCUAAAAGUAUAGCCAGAUAGAAUUUCCCAUAUUGAGGAACUUAGCUUUUUCAACAAGCUUCAGAAUCUGAAGUUUAUGGAAUCUAAAAUCUAUGUAGAAAUAUCUAGAAUCAGACAAUUAAAUCAAAUGUUUAAGUACCAGGAGUAUUAGAUUGACUUUUUAAAUAUAUUUUUAGUCCUUUAUUUCUAAGGUCAUUUCCUUUGGGUAACUUCUGAUAGGAAAAAAGCAUCCUUUGACCUUUAGAAUUAUUUAAAGAUUUUUAGUGUGUAUACAUUUGCAUAGGCUGACUUUAAUGAAGAAUGAAAUGGAGGAUCCCAGAUUGGGUGUGUAAAGUCAGUAGCAGCCAUGACACAGCCUGGAAAUCCUUAGCAUUCUAUAGCAUCAGCUCAGCCCCCAGUCCUUUUUUGAAUUCAAGCCACUAGUGAGUGGCUCCGCGCUGAAGCCUGCGCGGCUUUCCUCUGACGCGUGGAGACAGUGAGAUGUGAAACUUCAGCUCAGCUCUGUCUGAGGUUGAACUUGCUUACUUGAAAAAUCUGGUGCUAUGCACAUGUAUACCUGCCUCUCCCUGUACACGCCACAGCAGCCUCGCCCUGGACGGGCUCUGUGCCCUCUGUCACUGGACACAGAGAGAGAAGGCUUCGACACUGGGGCAGGCAUCCCUCCAGACAGGCUCUGGGAUUCUCUUCUGAUUUUUGGUGUGCUCCCCUCCCCCCCACAUAAGAACAGCUUACACUGCUACUUACAUUCUCUGUAGUACAAACAGCGUGUAGGACUGAGCUGGUUGGUUUCAAAUGUUUGACACAACAGAGUGAGGCAAAGCCCAGCCGUGCGGGUCAUACUCUCAUUUGAAAAUUCAUUGGAGUUUUAUUUCCCACCUCCUCCCUGAGUUUUAUUUCUGUCUCUCAAUAGAGUUGUGUUUCCCCUGCUUUUAAUCCCCAGGGAAUAUUAUUGUGUAAAGCCAGUCUUCAAAACAAGAUCUAGGCCAAACAUGGUGGCGCACACCUUUAAUCCCAGCACUUGUGAGGUAGAGGUAGGAGGAUUCGCUGUGAGUUCGAGGCCAGCCUGGGAUGACAUAGUGAAUUCCAGGUCAACCUGGGCUAGAGCGAGACCCUAUCUCAAAAAUAAUAAGAAGAAGAAGAUGUAAAACCAUGAAUAGAACAUGACGGGCCAUCCUGCUCCAAAGAAAGCUAAAAUAGGGACCAUCCUUUCAAAGCGCUGCACAAGCUUUUCUUUCGUCCAGUCUCUGUUGGCAUACAUGUUGGAGAGGUGCCCUCUUACUGCAUUAUCUAGCUGCUCUUACUUGCCCACUUUUAGUUUUGCUUCUGUUUAAACUGUUGAAAAUAAACCAUGCUAGCAUAACUUGCUUACUACUUUCUCUCAUUAUGUUUGAAUGUCACAUAUUUGUAUUUUAUAACAUACAACUUUAGAUAUGUAACUUUGUCCUUCUGUUGCAAAUAGUGAAUUAUACAGCUAAUCACUUUCUGGUUUUAUCCUUCUUCCUGACAUUUCUGGGUCUUUUAUUCCUUAAAACCCCUUAAACUACUAUAUUAUUUUAUUGUAAGAUUUCUAGUAUGUCUUUUCAUUUUUGUAUAUAGAAAAAUAACCCUGGAAAAUGUUGAUUCAACAUUUUAGGCAAUAAAUACAUAUUUUUACUUUA